AUGGAGGAUGAGUUCCUACAGUUCCUCCGCACCACCAACAUCGGCUUCUAUGGUGCCCCGAUGCCCAAGGACGCGGACGUUGGCGUUGCUGUCAAGAUCAGCAGCAGCACCGCCGCCACCAGCGACAUGUCGACGCCGGUGUCUUUUUCCUGCCCGAACUUGUCAUCCGCAGAGGAGGAAGAGGGCGAGGAGCACAGUCAGCAGCAGAGUGAGAUUGAGCCUGAGGCUGCAGCACUAGCGCCUGUGCGGCGAUCCGUGAUGGAGCCAGAGAUUGGUGGGAGUGGGCGGGAACGGGUAUUUCUGCCCAACGUCAGCGACCCGGAUUCCCAUCAGCAGCGCACCGGCACCGUCAACACCGCCGCCAACGGUCCUGCGCGCACUCCACCUCCCUCGCGCCCAUCCAUCGCCUCUCGCCACGCCCACGCCCACGCCUCCGCCGCCGAGGAGCCCGUCCCGCCAAUCCCUGCGCGUUUUCUCAAAGCCGGGCGACCUGCAUCCAUCAUCACCACAACCUCGACCUCACCCCUGCGUCACGCCAGCCAGACACGCGCGGCAAGCGUCAGGCACGACAAUUAUUCCACCCCUCCGCCAGCGUCCUCCACCACACCUCCGAGACCUGCAUCCAGAACCCCAACUCCGCUUGCCCCCAAGUCCGCCGUUCCAGAGCACCAUCGCGUCCGCGACCUCUCGCCCGCUGAACACGUCCGGCCCAAUGCCAUAGAGACGGCGCGCGCGCGAAGACACUCGCGACAAGGCUUACGGCCUCCAUCGCCGGAGCUUCGCCGACCGCGCAGCAGUUCGUCUGCUGCCCGGCUGGACGUGCACUCCUAUACCCUGUCCAAGCUGGAGAGCCGCCCACCUCGCUCCUUAUCGAAAAUGUCGCGCACAGGGCGACGGCGGAACGCAGACUCGUUCCUCGACCCUGAAGACGACCGCGACGCCAACAUGCCCUCAGACGACGACACAUACGGACAACUGCGACGCUCACAAAGCCGCAUUUCACACCCAGAGAAGCGCCGAUCACUGCCUGCCGACAUGGCCACGCCGUCAAGCGACCGCAGGCCGAGCACCAGCGGUAGCAUCUACGCGCGCCCGCAGUCGCGACUCUACGUCAACUCCAACAGAGCUUCCACCAAUCUGCAGCGCCAUUUGGAUCAGUACAGAAGCCCCGCGAUACGCUCUUCUGCGCAACUGGCCGACGCUGCGUCCGUCUCAAAUCAAUCCAACUCCGGACGGACGCGUCGGUACUCGCUCGCGCCAGAGCAAUCGCCCGUCUCCCCUUCCCGCUACCGUGAACGUCUUCGCUCACCCGAACUUCGAGGCUAUGGCAAUGGCGGGCGACAGUCCAUAGUAGAGACGCUGCAGAGCCACGACUCCAACAGAACCCUCGAAUCCCACGAAGAGUCUCUCACGGAAGACUCGGAAGCAAAACAGACCGGAUCCACUUCUGCUGAAUCCCAAGAAACGGACACUGUGUGGGAUGAGCUGGACGACCUCAAGUCUCGUAUCAAGAAGCUUGAGCUCACCGGCAAAGCUCCCACAUCCAGCGCUGCUGCGUCUGGAGACUCAAGUGACCGCCCUCGCACCGCCACCACCGCGCCUACCACCAUUGGCUCUUCUCCCAAAAAUGAGCGUAAGCAGGAAACUGAGAGCAAAUCCACCCCGACACCUCAACCAGAGACGCCUGGGAGUGCCAAUACGUUGGCCAGCGUCCACCCCGCGUUGCACUCUGCUCUCGCCAAAGCCAAACCUCUUUUGAACGCUUCUCUCUUCCGCACACUGGAGGCAUCUGCGAAUGAUGCUCUGCAAUUGACUGCCAUGGCAAGUGGCGGCGGGCCCCAAGGAACCAACUACUCAGCAGCUUCCAUCAUCAACGGUGCCGUCAGCGACCGCCAAGUCAGACGAAAAGCUGGCUCGCUGUGUCGCAAUCUCACCGAUCUCUGCAUCGCACUUUGCGAAGGCAAGUACGAGGCUCCCGCGAUUGUCACUUCUCCCACUUCGAUGGAUACGAUUACCGAGACUCCGCCGUCUUUGAGAUACUCCCAAUCCAGCCAUGGGAUGCAACGGAAUCCGAGCGUUGGGCGACCAAUGAGUCGUCUCGACGCCCGGAAAAGCAGCAUUCUGGGCGUGCCCACUGUUGGAAGCGUCGACGGACUUAGCCCCAGAGGCAGCAUAGCCGACGCCUCUGGCUCCGAGCAAGACUCGCCUCAGGUGCCAUCGUACUCGCAGCAGCGCCGCGUGAGCAGAGCUCCCACCAGCGUCUUGCGCAGCCGACAGCAGCGCCAGGAAGAAGCCAGUGGCGAAGACGACGAACCCACCAUACGAGCACACUCCCGUGCCGUGACUGACAACGGCUCUCUGCGCGCCAAAUCGCGCGCACAGCCACCUGAAAGAUCACCAAACGCACAACGCAAUCCCUCUUUACGCGAAUCUAUGAUGACCCGACGAACGAACGAGACUGCUUAUGAGAGCAAUCGCGAAAUUCACACACCCAGAAUCUCUUCACUCGGCGGCUCGGACCUCCGUCGACGACGAUUGUACGAUCAACAAGCGACUCCCCCGGUUGGAGAGGAGGAAAGCAGCCCGGAUGAUACCCAACAGACCCCUUCACUACAUCCUUCACGUCGACGCAUUACUUCCUCUGGGCAGUACGGCAGUACCAGUCGUCGUGUCACGGGUGAGUUUCUUGCGCCUUCUCGCGCUGCGAGUUUGAAUCAGCGGAGGAGUGUUAUCGUGGAAUAG